CAUGCAUGGACAUCACUAAACAAUAACUAACUAUUCAAGUAUUCAAUCAAGCAAGCGACUGCCACUUUUUUUUCUCUAAAUUAAAAUACUUAUACCCAAAACGCCACGAUAAAAUAAAAUAAUAAUAUACCUAUAUGUAUAGUGCGUGUAUGCGAUUAUCAAUAAUAUGUAUGUAUAUAAUAUGUACGAACGCAUUUAGUACGUAUUUGAUUCGUUACGUUGCAAGUGUUGAGGUUAGGUGAGCGACAGCGCAUCUCUAGUUUUCCUAGAAUUUCCCAAUGAAUAGCGAGAAAAGGAAUAAUCGUGGACGUGGGCGAGGGCGAGGCCGCGGUAGAGGCAGGGGUAGAGGUCGCGGCCGGGGCAAAAAGGUGCCCAAGGUAAUGUCCAGUGACGAAGAGGAAUGCUCCGUAGAAGAAUCUUCUCAAGACCCUGAGGAGCCGGCUCCGGAAGAGACAAAGGAAGAGGCUGAGUCCGCAGAGCCACCUAAAUUGGAAGUCCCCUCUGAUAUUUCUCAGCUUGAAGCUCCAGUGUUCACCACAUUGCAGCGAGGGCCUCCUGAACCCAUGCUCCGGUUGGACUGGUGUCAUAGAGCGACUCUUAUUGGAGAAAAAGUUCUUAAUCCAAUGAUAUAUUGUUGUGAUAUUUGUUCCAAACCUAUACUUAUCUAUGGACGCAUGAUACCAUGUAAGCAUGUGUUUUGCUUCUCGUGUGCUAGGGCUGAUCACACACACUGCCCUAGAUGUAGGGAAAAGGUUCUACGUGUGGAGCAAACAGGCCUCGGAACUGUGUAUAUGUGCACACAUUCUGGGACCCGGUAUGGCAACACAGGUUGCCGAAGGACGUAUUUGUCACAGCGUGACUUACAAGCCCACAUCAACCACCGACACAUAUCGUCAGGCACAGAUUCCAAACCGGAACCUGAACCUCCUACACCAUCUGUUGCUGUUGUCAAACCUAUAACUAUGGCGCCGCCGGCGGCGGGCGCGGGCGCGGCGAGCGCGGACCCGCGCACGCACACGGCCGAGCGGCGCCCGCGCACCAACCUCAUCACUGUGCCCAUACAGGACCAGGACCACCAGUACUACACCUACUACCCGCCGCCGGCGCCGGUGCCGCAGCCGCUGGGCGCGCCGGUGUCGGUGCUGCCGCACCUGUCGGUGCCGCCGCCGCACUCGUACUACACCGCGCCGCCAUACUCCACGCCGCCCGCCACUUACGUGCCUCCGCCGGGCGGUGCGAUGUCGACGGGCGCGGGCGCGGGUGUGGGCGCGGGCGGGGGCGGGGGCGCGGGCGCGGGCGCGGGCGCGGCGGUGAGCGGCGCGGGCGCGCGCUGGCCGGACGCGUACUCCGCGCCGCCGCCCGCCGCGCCGCCCGUCUGGCCGCAACACUACUACAGGUAGCCCCGGCCGCCCUAUAAUAGAAGACUGUUCUGAAGUGACAAUUAUGAGUGCCACCAUAACAGUGUAGUAUGAAUAUUGUGAAGUGAUUGUUGUUAUAAUGUAGUGGAAUGUAAUGAAAUCUAUAAAUAGACAAAUGAUAUAGUGCUUUGGAAUUGUGAUCACAGUCGUAAACUAUAGCUUAAUAUAAUAAAUAGUACGGCCACGACCCACCUCUCUGAAUCGACUCCGCCCACAUUGUUACCAGCUGAAUAGGGACGAUUGUACGCCACACAAGCCUAUACAUUCCCGAACAUACUGCGAUUAUGACGUCAGCCCUGGCGUCUUCUCACUUCACUCGAGCAUGGUACGUGUUCACUUGCACAGAUUUAUGGCAAUGUAUGUACAUAACACCGCGUCUGUUUCAUACAUUUUAUAGGAAAUCAGACGUAUGACUAUGGACUUUAAAAACCAUAUUUCUGUAGUAUGGACGUAAAUGUUGCUAAUAGAUAUUUGCAUAAUGGUGAAAAUCUAUUUGUAUAUGGAUUAAUAAUGUCUGUGUAAAAGUGUAAAUAUUGAAAUUCGAGAUUCCCUUUGUAUAUUAGAUUGAUCUCUAUAAUAAUAUCCCUGCUGUCUAAGACACAAACUAAGUGCCGAAGCUAGUUUUUGGGCAAUAUUUAUCCAUAAUUUUACUAGCUGAGUUUUCAGGUUUUGCAAAUUUUGUACUUCCAGUUUAUUUUCUUUUCAAGUCUUCCCAAUUAAUAUUUAUAUGUUUCCUACUAAUGUUGUCCAUAAUUUGAAGCAUCUAUUAUAUUCAUCCCAUCUUUAUUGUUAUUAUUUAUUCAUGUAACUAUGUAUGAACUACAUGUAUAAUAUAUAAUAGAGACAAGUGUAUUAAAACUUCAUAAUGAUCUGUUAGUGCAUUGGACAUUGGUUAAUUUGUGACAUGUGAAGGAAUAAUAUAUGUAAUGAACAAAAAUACAAACUAUGUAAUAAUUAA